AUGGAUAAAUCAUGGAUGGAAGCUGACCGAAGAAGUCUUGUGUAUGAGGAAGGAGUUGAAAUGUUUUUGAAGUUUGCUGCAUCAAAUGCAUCUAAUCCUAAGUUUUUGUUAUGUCCUUGCUCAAAAUGUGGGAGCACAAAAAAAAAGACAGUCAAAACUAUUAGGGACCAUUUGUAUUUUAAUGGUUUUAAUCAAAGCUACAAGAAUUGGAUAUGGCAUGGUCAACCUCCGAGGUCAUCUUGUCCUAGUCCAAGUAUAAAUGUAGAAACAAGACAAGAAAGUCAGUUUGUGUCUGAAACAGUAGAUAUGUAUGAAGCUGCAUGUGAUGAGUUUGGUGGUGAUUUAGAUGAGUUUUAUAAGUUCGUUGAGGAUGCAGAUCAAGAAUUAUAUGAGGGUUGUCAUAAACACACAAAGUUAUCCACCUUGGUAUCCCUUUAUAAUAAGAAAGCUAAGUAUGGGUGGAGUGACAUAAGCUUUUCAGAUUUGCUUGUAACCAUUGCAGAUUUACUUCCAAGUGGUAAUGUUCUGCCCUCAUCUUUAUAUGAGGCAAAGAAGACUUUGUCCUCAUUAGGAAUGGAUUACGUGAAAAUACAUGCGUGUCCAAAUGAUUGCAUUUUAUACAGAAAUGAAUAUGAUGAUGCCACAAACUGUCCUAAGUGUGGUGUCUCUAGGUGGAAGGUUACGAAGGAUUUAAAGGAGAAAAAAGGAGUGUCAGCAAAGGUGUUGUGGUAUUUUCCGCCAAUCCCAAGAUUUAAACGAAUGUUUAGAUCUCAUGAGACGGCUAAAGAUUUAACUUGGCAUGAUGACGAAAGAGUGAAUGACGGUAAAAUGCGCCAUCCUGCUGAUUCUCCGUGUUGGAGGUUGGUAGACCAUAAAUGGCCUGAUUUUGCAAGUGAGCCAAGGAAUCUCAGGUUAGCUCUUUCAGCUGAUGGUAUAAAUCCUCACAACUCUUUAAGUAGUAGGUACAGUUGUUGGCCAGUUAUAUUGGUGACCUAUAACCUUCCUCCCUCGUUGUGUAUGAAACGAAAGUUCAUGAUGUUAACUUUAUUGAUUCCCGGUCCAAAACAGCCCGGGAAUAAUAUAGAUGUUUAUUUGGCACCUUUGAUUGACGAUUUGAAAUUAUUGUGGAAAGGAAUUGAUGGAGUAUAUGAUGCUUAUAGAGAAGAGACAUUCACAAUAAAAGCUGUUUUGUUAUGGACUAUUAACGACUUUCCAGCUUACGGUAACUUAUCAGGGUGCACAGUAAAGGGGUAUAAAGCAUGUCCAAUUUGUGGAGAUCAAACAUAUGCUAUAAGGCUAAGUCAUGGUAAUAAAAUGUCCUAUGGUGGCCAUAGAAAGUUCUUACCACGCUACCAUCCAUAUAGAAGACAAAGAAAGGCUUUUAAUAACAAGCAAGAAUUUGGUUAUGCUCCAACACCUUGA